CUUUCUUUCUUUCUUUCUUUUUUUUUUUUUUUUCGCAAUUUCCACUCGCAGAGAGCAGGAAACCCGGAGCAGCCGGGUGCAGCGGGGCCGCGAUGCAGCAGCAGCAGCAGCAGGAGUCGCCCCAGGGUAGCAGCGGCAGCAGCAGCAGAGGCAGUAGCGGGCGGCGCUGAGCUGCCACCACCGCCGCUGAGGACGAAGCCAGCCCAGCAGCAGCCGCGUCCCGACGCUUGCGCCCCCGAUCCCUGCGCCGCGACCUCGGCGCUCAGAACCCAACGCCCGGUUCCGCCAACUUUCACGCUGCUUCGGCGGCUCGGCUCGUCUUGGCGCCAAUGGUGGAGGCCAUAGUGGAGUUUGAUUACCAGGCCCAGCAUGAUGAUGAGCUGACGAUCAGCGUGGGUGAGGUCAUCACCAACAUCAGGAAGGAGGAUGGAGGCUGGUGGGAGGGACAGAUCAACGGCAGGAGAGGUUUGUUCCCUGACAACUUUGUAAGAGAAAUAAAGAAAGAUAUGAAGAAAGAUCUUCUCUCUAACAAAGCUCCAGAGAAACCCAUGCACGAUGUAUCCAGUGGAAACUCUCUGCUUUCUUCUGAAACCAUUUUAAGAACCAAUAAACGAGGAGAGCGACGGAGACGCCGAUGCCAGGUGGCAUUCAGCUACCUGCCCCAGAAUGACGAUGAGCUGGAGCUGAAAGUCGGGGACAUCAUAGAGGUUGUAGGAGAGGUAGAGGAAGGAUGGUGGGAAGGUGUACUCAAUGGGAAGACUGGAAUGUUUCCUUCCAACUUCAUCAAGGAGCUGUCAGGGGAGUCGGAUGAGCUUGGCAUCUCCCAGGAUGAGCAGCUUUCCAAGUCAAGGCCUGAAGGUUUCCUUCCAGCUUCUCUGCUGCCCUUUCCAGCUCAUGGAGCAAAAGGAAAGACUACCUUUGAAGGGACAAUUCUGUACCGAGCCGCACCAGGAAAGACGGAGGGCCACAGACGCUAUUACAGCUUAAGAGAAACCACAGGCUCCGAGAGUGAUGGAGGCGACUCCAGCAGUACCAAGUCCGAAGGUGCCAACGGGACCAUGGCAACUGCAGCCAUCCAGCCCAAGAAAGUUAAAGGAGUGGGGUUUGGAGACAUUUUCAAAGACAAGCCAAUUAAACUAAGACCAAGGUCGAUUGAAGUGGAAAAUGACUUCCUGCCCGUCGAAAAGACAAUUGGGAAGAAGUUACCUCCAGCUACAUCAACUCCAGACCCGUCGAAGACAGAGAUGGACAGCAGGACAAAGACCAAGGAUUACUGCAAAGUAAUAUUUCCAUAUGAGGCACAGAAUGAUGAUGAAUUGACAAUCAAGGAAGGAGAUAUAGUGACUCUCAUCAAUAAGGACUGCAUCGAUGUAGGCUGGUGGGAAGGAGAACUCAAUGGCAGACGAGGUGUGUUUCCUGACAACUUCGUGAAGUUACUUCCACCGGACUUUGACAAGGAAGGGAAUAGACCCAAGAAACCGCCACCUCCAUCAGCUCCUGUCGUCAAACAAGGGGCAGGUACCACAGAGAGAAAACAUGAAAUUAAAAAAAUACCUCCUGAAAGACCAGAAACCCUUCCAAACAGAACAGAGGAGAAAGAAAGACCAGAGAGAGAGCCAAAACUGGAUUUACAGAAGCCUUCAGUUCCUGCCAUCCCACCAAAAAAGCCUCGGCCACCUAAAACCAAUUCUCUGAACAGACCUGGUGCGUUGCCCCCAAGAAGACCUGAGCGACCAGUGGGCCCACUGACACACACCAGGGGUGACAGUCCAAAGAUUGACUUGGCAGGCAGCGCACUCUCUGGCAUUCUGGAUAAGGACCUCUCAGACCGCAGCAAUGAUAUUGACUUAGAAGGUUUUGACUCUGUGAUAUCAUCUACUGAGAAACUCAGCCACCCAACCACAAGCAGACCAAAAGCUACAGGGAGACGGCCUCCAUCCCAGUCGCUCACAUCUUCUUCCCUUUCAAGCCCCGAUAUCUUUGACUCCCCAAGUCCCGAAGAAGAUAAAGAGGAACACAUUUCGCUUGCGCACAGAGGAAUAGACGUGUCAAAGAAGACUUCCAAGACUGUUACCAUAUCCCAAGUGUCUGAUAACAAGACAUCCCUGCCACCCAAGCCAGGGACCAUGGCAGCUGCCAGCAGUGGGCCAGCUUCUCUCUCUUCAGUGGCAUCCUCACCCAUGUCAUCCUCUUUGGGAACCGCUGGACAGAGAGCCAGUUCUCCAUCUCUGUUCAGCACAGAAGGAAAGCCAAAGAUGGAGCCAGCAGUGAGCAGCCAGGCUGCUAUCGAGGAGCUUAAGAUGCAAGUCCGUGAGCUGAGGACCAUCAUUGAGACCAUGAAGGACCAGCAGAAACGUGAGAUUAAGCAGUUACUGUCAGAAUUGGAUGAAGAGAAAAAGAUCCGGCUCCGGUUGCAGAUGGAAGUGAACGACAUAAAGAAAGCUCUUCAAUCAAAGUGAUUACUUGAUAAUUGAGACAUCACAUUAUUCAUCCUGUGUCCAAGACUCAGAUAUUCUGCCCCAGUCAAAAUCAUCUUGUGCCAAAAAAUUAGAGGUUUGAUUCAUCAUGUCCCUGUGUGAACGUUUAGCACAAAAGUCUUAAUAGCACAACACAAAUUCCAUCCAAGAGGAGACUCUUUCCCAUGGUGUUGACCUGGGUCUUGCAGUGGUUGUGAUUUAUAGCCAAUUGUGCUAAAGGAUUUUUCUACCUUGAGAUCUCCCGAGAAAUGAAAACUCAGGCAGUUUAGUCCAUAGUAGUACUAUUUUGAUGAUAUUUUCCAUUAACAAAAUGUAAUUUCAGAUUAUUCAUUUAUAGGCUUUAUAAUUUUAUGGUUUUUUUUUAAAUCGUGUUUUGUCACAGAUGCCCCUAGUGUUUGUGCUAACCUAGUCAGAAGCAAGUGUCUCACUCACUUGCUGCAGAUGGAACAAACGCCGCCUGGCUUUGUAUUCCCCUUUAGGAUUCUAUUACAUAUGCAAUUUGAGGUCUAACUUGUCCCUUUCCCUGCCAGCCAACCCCCACCACUCUUAAGAGAAAUUUUAGCUUAUAUAUGACGGUAUAUUUGCAAAAAGAGAAAGAAAAAAUCUGGUAUUUGCAAUGAUCUGUGCCUUCUUUCUACCACCCUCUUGAUUGGAGCUUUUGUGAUGCAGCUACCAUGAUUCCAAAUAAAUAAAAAUCAGCCACUUCUCCCUGUCCACUAGAGGCCGCUGUCUUCACAGCUUCUCUCACCCUAGCCAAAGGUCCUUAGAGGAGACCCGCUGUGAAGUCUGGCCUGCUCUUUGGUACCAGCUGUGACUUUUCAGUUUCUCCUGCUUUGAGGUUGUUCACGAAACUAGAAAUGUCAUUCCAGCUUGAUUGUUUUAUCAUCAGCCAAGUUAAACCCCUGCUUCCUGCCUUUUACACCUAUUGCGUGAACAGAAUAUGCAUUAUUAAAGCAAAAAUAAAUAAAAAAUAAAAUGCAAGUGAAAACAGGGGGGGAAUUGGAUUAUUUCCUGCACUGGGUUGUGCGUGUGUGUGUGUGUGUGUGUGUGUGUGUGUGUGUGUGUGUCUGUGUGCGCGCGCGUGCGUGUUAUUGUUUAAAUUGUAUUCACAGUGUUGUUUGCCUUGCUCACUUGUAACCCCCUCCUCGGAUCUAGAAGAAUGGGAGGAGGGUCUCGUGGAAAUGUAGCUAUUGGACCUUUCCUGCACUUAUGGAAAUGCUUUUUCUUUCCCAAUGAAACUGAUGUUUGCUUGUCUGCUUUCUCUUUAUAGUACAUGAACAGUUCGGCCUUAGACUAUGUAACUGUUUUCUUAUCUUUAGCUGAAAAUGGGGGGGAGGGCAUUCUGUACUGCAAGAUUGUUGAUGGGGUAGAGGUGGAGGGGUGGUCCCUUAAUGAUCCCCCAAAUAUGUGUGUGAUGUGUUUCUAAACUGCUGCUUUGUCUAUUUCCUGCAUUUUAUAGUGAAACUACUAAACAUACAUAGAUUUUCACUACCACAAAGAAUGAGAAUUAAUGACACUGAAGGAAUGAUGCAAAAACUUCCCAUGAUUCAUCACUGAAAAUAUAACUAAUAAAUGUCUCUUCCUUUUUCUUCCUGUCUCCAUCCCCAUGCCUUGUUCUAACUUGCAUACUUGUCCUUCCUGCUCGAAGCUGUCACUUCCUUCUAAGGAUUUACAGAGGCCUAGGGUCCUAACCUUCAGGGGUGGGGACACAAUUAAAGGAAGGGAAUGUAUAAAGAAAUUAUUCUUCAUUCCAAUAUAUGAAGAUAUUUGCCUUUUCAGCAGCCAUGGUCUCAGUGUGCUUGGGGCAGGAGUACAUCGUUUCUCUGAGCGAUAUAAAGGGUUCCUGUUUCCCUUCACUGGGCCUAAGCCUUUCUGCAUUACACGUGAAGCCUUCAGACAUUUCCUACCACUUAUUACAACAGUGAGGACUGGAUUCUUGAUGUCUUAAUUUCUCAUUUAUUUGUCAAGAAAAUCCAUAAUGAUGAUAUAGGACGUUUAUACCGAGUAAGAUCAUUAACAAUGAAAUUGAGAGAUUAGAGCAUCCUCAUUGGGUGAUGGUAACAGGGAAUGUAGAGCGCUGAUAUCUUCCCCUAAGAGAGGCAUUAGGGUUAGAGAGAUGGGGAGGGAGAAAUAUAAAUGGAGAGACUGAGACACACAGAGAGAAAGACACAGAGAAAGUAAUUAUAGAGAAAUAAGCUGGUACGUCUAGCUUUAUUACUAUCCCUUGGGCUAACCAGCAAGAAGAUUGUACAUCACAGAACUGGAUGAGCCAAACAGCCACCAUCUUUACUCUUGACUAAAUGGACCUAUCAAGAAUAUUAAAAAGCUUGGAAAUACCCUAUCCACUUUUGAAAAAUUAGAAUUCCUUUGCAUUCAGCAUGGACUCAGCCAGGAAUACUAUGGAGGAUUUUUUUUUUGCUUCAUUUUCUAAAGUUGUAUUUAGAAAUAUGUAAUGUGCUUUGUAAAAGAAGAUGAAUUAAAAUGAAAUUUUGUGAAAAUAUUUUUGUUCAAAGUUGUCACAGUCCAAGAGGAAUGGUAUCUUGGAACACAAACCCCUUUUCUCUAUUUUACACAAUUUGUCAGAAAUAUCCUUAGAAGACAGGAAGUAAUCCAUUAAAAUCUGUGCCUGUGAAUUUGAUUUUUAAAAUUGUUCGAUUUUACAUUCCUAUCGAAGCUUAAAAUGCUAGUUAGGUACAAAUUCUUUUUUUAGUGUGAAAACCAUUAAAUUAUCAUUAUUGGAAUAAUUGUGUAAAGCCAUUUUUAUUUGUACACAGCCCUCAAGGCACAUUCAAGUACACGAUCCAUUUUUUCCAAUAAGAACAUCCUGGGCCUCUCAUCACAUGUGUCUGUGGUUAGUAAUGGUGUGGUUUGAUUUCCUUUCACAAGCAGCUCCUUUAUGAUCAGCUGCAGGGUGUACAAUUUAUUGCCCAUAGUUGCCAUGGUUUGUAUAAAAAUAACCCCCAGUUUCCAUAAAGACUUUUGUAUUAUAACCCGAGGUCAUCAUAGUCUCUUUCUCUCUCUCUUUUUUUCAUCAGAUUAGGUUUUAGUCCUUGAGUUAUUUUUGUACAAACUAAUGUCAAGAUGUUUCCGCACUAAGAGGGCCUGAUGAAAGCAUUUCCCUUUGCUUCUGUACAAAUGAGAACUGGAACAAAACAACACAUUUCUGAGUGACAGGGUGUUCAGCAUGGCUGAUUGUAGCAUCUGAUGGAGAGAAAGUUGGGUGCUCAGGACUUGGCAGAGUGACAGAGAUAAUGUUCCUGAACCUAGCUGGGCAGG